AAUAAAAUGUCUGAUCUAAUAUUAAGAAGUGAAGCUCUCUUUACUAAACAUAUAAAAGAUACAGAUGUUAAAGUUCGACUCUCUUGGCCAUCCAAGCAUUUGGAUAUCUUGCGUCGUUGGCAUAAUAUCAAUCUCAAUGAUAAUCCCCGACUUGAUUUUGAAAAUAUGAAUGUCUUUGAAUUUGAUGUCUACGAUGUUAAUCGUAUUAAAUAUCGACUUGGUUGCACUAUUAGAAGGAUCACUGACCCUACCAAGCCCUACUUCAAGCCGGUUAUUUCUCGUGGUUGGAAGAGGUUUGUGAAAGAUAAUCAUAUAAAAAUAGGUGAUAAAAUUACUUUCUACAAGAAUUUGGAUCCCUCUUCAUCCGGCCAGGUGCCGUUUAUCAUCCUUGUGAACGUACAAUAGAGAUUAAGGAACGAAGUGGCUAAGGAAAACUUAAUCAAGUACACCCACUCAGAGUAAUUUCUAUGAAGCUUACAAGUUAAUGAAUUAUGCUUCAACACUAUAGUUGACGCCUACAUGGAUGUAUAAUAUGCUACUUUCGUCC